AUGUUUUUGAAUGCUGGUAAAUCCAAGGCAUCUGAUGACGAACAUGGGGAUUAUGACGAUCUUCAAUAUUCGUCUAUUCGAUCCAACGAUGAUACUUUGAGGUUGAUGUCUUCUGGUGAGGAGAGUAACUUUGAUGAAGGAGACCACAAUAACAACGCAAAUGUAGAUGAUCUAGUCAGCAAGAUGGAUCUUACGGAUGAUUUAUUGCACAUGGUUUUCUCCUUUUUGGAUCAUUCCAAUCUCUCCAAAGCUGCCAGGGUUUGUAAGCAGUGGCGAGCUGCUAGUGCUCAUGAAGACUUCUGGAAGAGUUUGAAUUUUGAAGAUCGUAACAUAUCUGUUGAGCAAUUCGAGGACAUCUGCAGGCGUUAUCCUAAUAUCACAGCCCUCCGCAUUUCCGGUCCUUCCUCUAACCAGCUUGUCAUGAAGGCAGUCUCUUCGUUAAGAAAUCUUGAGGCUUUAACAUUGGGAAGAGGAAAUAUAAUGGAUAGUUUUUUCCAUGCUUUGGCUGAUUGUUCUAUGUUGAAGAGACUGAGCAUCAAUGAAGCUGUACUUGGCAGUGGUAUUCAGGAAAUAACAGUUAAUCACGACAGGCUGUGUCAUCUCCGGUUGACAAAGUGCCGCAUGAUGCGCUUAGCAGUCAGGUGCCCACAACUUGAAACUAUGUCCUUGAAGCGCAGUAACAUGGCUCAGACUGUACUCAACUGCCCCUUGUUGCAAGAGCUUGAUUUAGGCUCUUGCCACAAACUUCCUGAUUCUGCUAUUCGUUCAGCUGUUACUUCAUGCCCGCAAUUAGUUUCUUUGGAUAUGUCCAAUUGCUCGUGUGUUAGUGACGAAACAUUAAGGGAAAUAGCCCUGAAUUGUGCCAACCUUAGUUUUCUUGAUGCAUCUUACUGCCCAAAUGUAUCCUUGGAGACUGUUAGACUGCCAAUGUUAACAGUUCUGAAGCUUCACAGUUGUGAGGGCAUCACUUCAGCUUCAAUGGCUGCGAUAGCUUAUAGUUACAUGUUGGAGGUUUUGGAGCUUGAUAAUUGUAGCCUAUUGACAUCAGUGUCUUUGGAGCUUCCCCGCUUGCAGAACAUUAGAUUGGUUCAUUGUCGCAAAUUUGCCGAUUUGAACUUGAUGACCCUAAUGCUGUCUUCUAUUCUGGUGUCCAAUUGCCCUGUGCUCCAUCGUAUCAACAUCACAUCAAAUUCACUUCAAAAAUUAACAAUACCAAAGCAGGACAGUUUAACAACAUUGGCGUUGCAAUGCGAAUCUUUACAAGAAGUGGAUCUCUCCGAGUGUGAAUCUUUGAAUAACUCUGUAUGCAAUGUCUUUAAUGAUGGUGGAGGCUGUCCAGUGUUGAAAUCGUUAGUUCUUGAUAAUUGUGAGAGUUUGACAUCGGUUCAAUUCAUCAGUACCUCUUUAAUCUGCCUUUCACUUGGUGGCUGUCGGGCAAUAACUAAUCUUGAUCUCACAUGCCCUAAUCUAGAGAAACUUAUGUUGGAUGGUUGUGAUCAUUUGGAGAGAGCGUCAUUUUGUCCUGUUGGUCUUUCAUCCCUCAAUUUAGGAAUAUGUCCAAAAUUGAGCACACUCAGCAUCGAAGCACCUUAUAUGGUUUCACUUGAGUUGAAAGGAUGUGGUGUACUAUCCGAAGCAUUCAUUAAUUGUCCACUCUUAACAUCUCUCGAUGCUUCCUUUUGCAGCCAACUAACUGAUGACUGCUUGUAUGCUACAACGGUCUCAUGCCCACUAAUUGAAUCAUUGAUAUUGAUGUCAUGCUCAUCAAUUGGUUCAGAUGGUCUUCGAUCUCUAUAUUGCCUUCCAAAUUUGACUGUUCUUGACUUAUCAUACACUUUCUUGGUGAACUUGCAGCCUGUUUUUGAUUAUUGUUUACAACUAAAGGUGUUAAAGCUGCAAGCAUGCAAAUAUCUCACUGGCACAUCACUUGAACCUCUUUACAAAGGAGGUGCUUUACCAGCACUUCAGGAGUUGGAUUUGUCUUAUGGAACUUUCUGUCAGUCAGCCAUAGACGAGCUUCUUGCAUGCUGCACAAACCUCACUCAUGUGAGCUUGAAUGGCUGUUUGAAUAUGCAUGAUUUGAAUUGGGGAUGCAAUUGCGGGCAGAGUACCAACUUACCUACUGUAGACACCUUAUCCAGGGCAAGUUCUAAUGAGAAUGUCCCUGAAUCAAGUGAGCAAUCUGCUCGCGUAUUGCAAAACCUCAAUUGUGUUGGAUGUCCGAAUAUUAGGAAGGUUAUCAUUCCAUUGAGGGCAAAUUGUUGUCAUUUGUUAUUUUUAAACCUUUCGCUCUCUGCAAAUUUGAAAGAGGUUGAUGUUACUUGUCUCAAUCUAUGCUUUCUUAAUUUAAGCAAUUGUUCCUCUUUGGAAAUUUUGAAGCUAGAGUGUCCAAGAUUGACUAGUCUAUUCCUUCAGUCUUGCAAUGUUGACGAGGAAGCUGUUGAAGCUGCUAUAUCAAAAUGCACUAUAUUGGAGACUCUUGAUGUUCGCUUUUGUCCAAAGAUAAGUUCAAUGAGCAUGGGAAGAUUACGUACAAUUUGUUCGAGUUUGAAGCGUAUAUUCAGCAGUUCGUCAAGUCUGUUACCUUGA